CCGAGCCUGGACGCGGGAGUGGGUGCCGGGCCCCCGGAGGUGCCGGCGCCUGCGGAGCCCGACCGCGACGACCCCAGGCAGGAAGAUGAGCCCAAGCUGGUGCCUGGCCCGCAGGCGGGAGUGCAGGCUGGACCCAACUCCAUGCCGAGGCAUGGUCCAUCCUCCCAAGACCAGACUGAAGCUGCCAGCCGCAACCGCCCUGCCGCCUCCGGGCUGGAGUAGAGGCUAACCGUUCUGCUCAUACACCCACAUUGGGGCUGGCUCUGAUCCUGGGGCUACGAUUCAGCCCUCUGCCCACCUUCCCCUGGGCCCACCUGCUCCCCCACCCACAGGUCUUGGGAGGGGCAUCUGUGGGCGAAGGGUCCUGGAAGGCCGGCUGCAGCCUAUUCCUGUCCCCCAGGGAGCAGCUCCACCCCUUCCCCUGCACUGCCUGCAGCCCCUGCCCCCUCAGCAGCUGUGCCCCCAGCAUGUCUCCUGGGACCUCCCUCCUCUCCCUGCCCAGCUGAACAGCUGGAGCAGACAGACAGCUUGGCUGCCAGGAAGACUAUUUGGUGGGGCUCCUGCACUGAGGUGGAAACCCAGCAAAAUCUCUCCUUCCUCCUCUCGGUACCCUGGCCCACCCCGACCCUCAGGUCCCUGGGCUUGGCGAAUCCUGCUGAGAGUGAGCAGUAGGAGUAUUCCCCAAAGCUUCCAGCUUGCUACCUGGAAGGUUACUUUCUUUUGAGCAAAGGAAAUAAUGGGGGGCACCCUGUCAGUGUUCACUGAGAGGCCGGGGAGGCACGGGCCACAGUUGCUCUGGGAGGGUUGUGGCACCCUGGGAUGGGUGGCUCGCCCUAAGCUUGCUCUGACAAAAGAGUUUUGAGUUGGUCUUUUGGCUGAGCCUGCCAAGGAAGGCAGGUUCCUGCAGGAGACUUGGAGGGUCGGAUGCAGCGCCGGAUGAGGAUGAGGCGUGGCGGAAGAUGCGUUUGGCUCUGCAGACACUGCAUCGGGCAGCAGGGGACUCUGGGAGGCUGGUGCAGCCAGAAGGCAUGGCUCUUGACAGCUUUCUAGUAGAAUCUCUGGAGUUGUGCAUGAGGAAGUGACCCUGAAGGAUGCCUGCCACCUGACUCUUGUAGCAAGCCAAGAGAAUGACUGUGUAGAAAAAUCAAAAGGACUUUGAAGAAUGAAACGUUACCCGGUCCUGCACCAUCUUCACGAUCACCAACAUGUGCAAGUCCAUCAAAGUCCAUCAUUGUGGCUGUUAAGCACUACUAUAGACAUAUGUUCAAGUGUUAUGGGAUCCCAGAGCAAAGCACAAUUUAUUCAGCCCGUGGCCUUGGGAGAACGUAACACCUAAUCUGAGCCUACGAAGAAAAGAAGGAAGAGGCAAAGAGAACGGCACAAGUGAAGGGCAGAAGAGGAAAGAAACUAACGGGUAUUGAGCACCUACUGUGUGCCAGACCCAGGCCAGGUUCCCCCCACCACCAGCCAGUCUGUGCAGACUUGCUGUCUACUAUGUCACCGGGAACGCAAAGGCUGGGAAGAAGGCCCUUCUCAAAAUGGACUGGUGUUGCAGGGUGAGAAGCUGCCCCCUGACUUCAUGCCAAAGCUCGUCAAGAACCUCCUAGGCGAGAUGCCCCUGUGGGUCUGCCAGAGUUGCCGAAAGAGCAUGGAGGAAGAUGAAAGGCAGACAGGUCAAGAACACGCAGUGGCGAUCUCCUUGUCACAUACAUCCUGCAAAUCACAGUCUUGUGGGGGUGACUCUCAUUCUUCUUCAUCCUCCUCUUCAUCAUCCUCGUCUUCGUCCUCCUCCUGCCACGGGAACUCAGGGGACUGGGAUCCCAGCUCAUUCCUGUCAGCACAUAAGCUCUCAGGCCUGUGGAACUCCCCGCACUCCAGUGGAGCCAUGCCAGGCAGCUCUCUCGGGAGUCCUCCUGCCAUACCCGGACUCUGGCGUUCAAAAAAUAUUGCUGAUAGAGAACAGUUCGCCCUCGGAGCCGUCAUUGGCUCUCAUCAUUGGAUCCAGGAGGGGACCUGGUGAGACUUUCCCCAUCUCGGAGCACCACCGGCACUCAGACCUCACUGACCUCACUGUCCCUCCUAACAGCCCCACUGGCCACCACCCCCAGCCAGCAUCUCUGAUCCCGUCUCACCCUGAAUCCUUUGGCUCACCGCCCCACCCCCACCUGCUGCCCACUACCCCGGCAGCACCUUUUCUGGCCCAGGCAUCCGAGUGCCCUGUUACCACUGCUGCUGCCCCCCACACCCCAGGGACAUGUCAGAGCCCCCACCUGCCCUCUACCAGCAUGCCACUCUUAAAGAUGCCUCCACCAUUCCCGGGGUCCAGCUACCCUUGUAGUGGGCACUGCAGCGGGCACUGCAGCGUGCCUCUCCUCCCACCACCAAGCUCUCAGCAACUCCCCAGCACUCACAGCAGGGACUCCGGGUGCAAGGGACACAAGUUUACACACAGUGGCCUGGCAUGCCAACUGCCCCAGCCCUGCGAGGCAGAUGAGGGGCUGGGCGAGGAAGAGGAUAGCAGCUCAGAGCGCAGCUCCUGCACCUCGUCCUCCACCCACCAGAGAGAUGGGAAGUUCUGUGACUGCUGCUACUGUGAGUUCUUCGGCCACAAUGCGCCACCCGCUGCCCCGACGAGUCGGAAUUAUACCGAGAUCCGGGAGAAGCUCCGCUCAAGGCUGACCAGGCGGAAAGAGGAGCUGCCCAUGAAGGGGGGAGCCCUGGGCGGGAUCUCUGGGGAGCCCGCCGUGGACCACCGAGAUGUGGAUGAGCUGCUGGAAUUCAUCAACAGCACGGAACCCAAAGUCCCCAACAGCGCCAGGGCCGCCAAGCGGGCCCGGCACAAGCUGAAAAAGAAGGAGAAGGAGAAGGCCCAGUUGGCAGCAGAAGCCGUGAAGCAGGCACAUCACAGUGUUUCUGGAAGCCAGGAGCCAAGGCCUGCCAGGGAAAGGCUCUUGGAGUGGCCUGGCCGGGAGCUGGAUCGGGUCAAUAGCUUCCUAAGCAGCCGUCUGCAGGAGAUUAAGAACACUGUAAAGGACUCCAUCCGGGCCAGCUUCAGUGUGUGUGAGCUCAGCAUGGACAGCAACGGCUACGCAAAGGAUGGAGCUGCUGAGCCUGAGCCUCAGAGUCAGCCCCCUUCAAACCUCAAUGGCUCCUCAGAGCAACGGCCUGACAUCAACCUUGACCUGUCCCCUUUGACUUUGGGCUCCUCGCGUAACCACACGUUACAAGAUCCAGGCGAGCCAGCCCCACCAUGGGCAGAAGUGAGAGGCCCCCACCCGUGGACAGAGGUGAGGGGUCCCCCUCCUGGUAUCGUACCAGAGAAUGGUCUAGUGAGGAGGCUCAACACUGUGCCCAACCUGUCCCGGGUGAUCUGGGUCAAGACACCCAAGCCAGCCAACCCCAGCUCUGAGGACCCAAGCCCAAAGGAGGUCCCCAGUUGCAAGCAGGAGCUGCCAGAGCCUGUGGCCUCAGGUGGGAAGCCACGUAAGGGCAAGAGACAAGGCAAUCAGGCCAAGAAGAGUGAGGCAAGCCCAUGCCUCCAGCCCGCAGCCAACCUGGAGGCUCCCAGUGCCAAGGUCCAGACCCCUCGCUUCAAACUGCCGGGCAAAGCCCCAGAGCCUCCCAAAUUGGGUAACUGUGUUGAGGCUGGAGAGGGGAGCUGGGCUGGCAUCCCCAAAGCUGAGAAGCAGAAGGGCAGCUCCUGGCGAAACUGGCCUGGCGAGGCCAAGGCUCGGCCCCCAGAGCAGGAGUCUGUGCAGCCCCCAGGCCCAGCGAGGCCACAGAGCUUGCCACAGGGCAAGGGCCGCAGCCGCCGGAGUCGCAACAAGCAGGAGAAGUCAGCCUCCUCCUUGGACGAUGUGUUCCUGCCCAAGGACAUGGAUGGGGUGGAGAUGGAUGAGACGGACCGGGAAGUGGAGUACUUCAAGAGGUUCUGUUUGGAUUCUGCAAAACAAACACGUCAGAAAGUUGCUGUGAACUGGACCAACUUCAGCCUCAAGAAAACCACUCCCAGCACAGCUCAGUGAGCCCCUGCCAGGUCAAGCUCCUUCAGGGUAUCCUGAGACUCCGACUGCCAGCUGAAGGUCUACAGUUCCUCCUUCUACAUGCCCUGUCCACCUGCCCAGGACGUCCCUGUUCCCUGCCAUCUUGGACCAACCAAAAGCUGAAUGGAUGCCGGACUG